AUGCAAUUAAUAAGUUAUAAAACAAAAGAAAAAUUCUUACUAUAUGGACCUUAUUCUUUAAGGGCAACCGGACUAUCUACUGCAUUCUUUAUGCUCUCUCUACCAACCGGCAUUUUGCUUGCUGCACGGUUUACAGAUCCAGCAAAAUUAAACAAUUUAAUACCAAAGAGCAUGCAAUUUUUUAAUGUUCGUGGGUUGGAGCACAUGAGACCUCAAUUUAAUGCUUGGAUCUACAUGGGAUUAAUUUUUGCAACAUUAGUAACUGCCGCUGCCAUUUAUACGAUUUGUAAAAUGCAUGCAAACUCCGAAGACAUUACUCAUAGUAAAUUGCGAGAAAAAUAUUCUAUUAUAGCAAAAAAUCAAUUAGUCCAGUACCACAGCGAAACAGAACGUGAUGCCGAAGGUAAAGAGACUGUAGUACAUUAUAUCACAUUAAAUGAAGAACACAUUUUGGGUUGUGCAAUGAUAAGUAAUUCUGGACUGAGAGAAGCUAGGCUUGUCCCUGUAGAGAAUAAUCAAAAUGGAUAUACGUAUCAAGUUACUGAAUACUACAUUGCAGGCGAGGAAACAACAUUAAAAAAUUUCCAUCAAGAUUUUUUUCAAAAAGAACAUAAAAAAGUAAUAAUGAGUAGAGAUGACGUUACAAUACUUAAGCACGAUGCUAAAAAAUUAGCUGAAUUAGUUAUAGUACCACAUAAGAAAAUACAAGCCCCUAGCUCACCAAGCGUAUAA